GUUUUUGUUUUUGUUUUUUAUUUUUCCAGCAACAGAAACCUCUUCCCUUCCCUCUCUCUCUCAACCUGCUCCUUCAUCAGUGUAUCCCAAAUUUUUUUAUAUGAUUUUUCUGAAUUGGUGGAUAGAGGCGUUCCAAUCACUCGAUUUUGUUUCGUUAGGGCUUUUCGAUUUGUGAUUAAUCCAUGUGGUUUUGAUCUGUUUGAAUCCAACUGUUUUUGGUUCUCUCAUGCGCGUGCGCCGUGAAUCCGUCGGCUUGUUGCUCCGAUCCAAGAGUUGCAGCUUUUGAAUUCGGCAAUGGCAUCGGCGCAGAACCAAGCGCCGAACGUGGAUCUCUUCGAUGCCUACUUUCGACGUGCCGAUUUGGACCGUGAUGGUCGAAUUAGUGGUGCUGAAGCGGUUGCCUUCUUUCAAGGCUCAGGAUUGGCCAAACAGGUCCUUGCUCAGAUUUGGGCGCUUGCGGACCCGAGACAGAUUGGUUUCCUUGGUCGAGCGGAGUUUUAUAAUGCCCUUAGGCUGGUAACUGUAGCACAGAGUAAGAGGGAAUUAACUCCUGAGAUUGUGAAAGCAGCGUUGUAUAGCCCAGCUGCAGCUAAAAUACCAGCACCACAAAUUAAUGUCAAUAUCCAACCUGCAUCUCAGUUCAAUUCUACUGCAGCACUACCACCUACACCUCAGAGUGGCAUUGUUGCUCCAACGCCCUCCCAAAGCACUGGGUUGGGAUCUCAGGUUCCUCGAAAUGUCAAUGCGAACCUUCCGCCGGUUCCUUCUAGAGAGGGUCAAUCAGUAAGGCCUCCGUUGGCAACAUCAAAUUCUGCUUUCCGUCCAGCACAGGGAUUUCCAGGAGCAGGCACUGCAUCGGGGCCUCCUCCUACGAAUUCAAGCAUCUCAACUGAUUGGGCAAGCGACGGUGCGGGUGGAGUUCAGGGAACAUCCUCACAACCUCCUAACAGAGGAGUCAGUCCUGCUGGGACACAGGUCGGUGCAUUUGGGCAAUCAAGUGCAGGAUUAACAACUUCUCUACCCCCAAGGCCUCAGUCUGCCCCCGGAGCAAAGUCGUCUACAACAUCACCUGCGGAGAGUAAAGUGCAAGGUAUUUCUGGAAAUGGGACUGCUUCUGGACCAUAUUUUGGAGGAGAUAUCUUCUCUGCAACCCCAGUUACCUCAGAUAAAUUGUCUGCUAGCAAUAAAACUUCCACAUCAGUCACUGCUCCUGUAUCUUCUGUUGCACAACCAAUAGCUAGAGCAAGUUCCCUUGAUUCUUUGCAAAAUUCAUUUAUGAAACCACCCCUUGGUAAUCAGUCCCUACGGAACCAGCCAGUUGGGAAGCCCAAUCAACAGGGCAUAGUGCAACCUGCUUCAUCUGGAUUAUCAACAGGAGCUCAUAACUCUGUUUCUGGUCAGUCUCAGCGGCCUUGGCCUAGAAUGACACAGACUGAUGUGCAGAAGUAUACCAAAGUUUUUGUUGAGGUAGAUAAAGAUAGAGAUGGAAAAAUUACCGGUGAAGAAGCACGGAACUUGUUCUUGAGUUGGAGACUGCCAAGAGAGGUUUUAAAGCAAGUGUGGGACUUAUCCGAUCAAGAUAAUGAUAGCAUGCUUUCUGUCAGGGAGUUCUGUAUUGCACUCUAUUUGUUGGAGCGGCAUAGGGAAGGGCACAUUCUUCCUGCUAUGCUUCCUAGCAACAUCAUGUUUGAUUUUUCCAGCAAUGGUCAUCCUGUGACUCCAGCUGCAUCUAACUUUAGCAAUGCAGCCUGGAGACCGACAGCUGGUUACCAACAGCACCAAGGGAUUCCUGGGUCUGGUAAUCGGCAUGGAGCUCCUACAGCUGGAGUACAACCGCCUAAACCUGCUGCUGUUUCCCAGUUUGAGGAUGAGCCACAUACCAAUAAACCUAAAUCAAAGGUUCCUGUGCUGGAGAAAAAUCUUGUUAGUCAACUUAGUACAGAGGAGCAGAAGUCUCUCAAUUCAAAGUUCCAAGAAGCAGCAGAUGCUGAGAAAAAGGUUGAAGAAUUGGAGAAAGAAAUUUUGGACUCUAGACAGAAAAUUGAGUAUUUUCGUACUAAAAUGCAGGAGCUUGUUUUGUACAAGAGCAGAUGUGACAAUCGUCUGAAUGAAAUAUCUGAAAGAGUUUCUUCAGAUAAACGUGAGGUAGAUUCCCUUGCUAAGAAAUAUGAAGAGAAGUAUAAACAAUCUGGUGAUGUAGCCUCCAGAUUAACUGUUGAAGAAUCUACAUUCCGUGAUAUACAGGAGAAGAAGAUGGAGGUGUAUCAGGCGAUUGUGAAGAUGGGACAAGAUGGUGGUGCAGAUGGUGUUCUGCAGGCUCGUGCUGACCGUAUCCAGUCAGAUAUUGAGGAGUUAGUGAAAGGUCUCAAUGAACGCUGCAAGAGUUAUGGCUUGCGUGCAAAACCAAUAACUCUGACAGAACUUCCUUUUGGUUGGCAACCUGGCAUUCAAGUGGGAGCUGCUGACUGGGAUGAAGAUUGGGAUAAAUUUGAAGAUGAAGGUUUCACUGUUGUCAAGGAGCUCACUCUUGAUGUGCAAAAUGUCAUAGCACCUCCGAAGCAGAAAUCUAAGUCAGUGCAAAAAGAAAAAGGUGCAGCCGUUGACAGCCAAAAAGUUGCACCUGCACCAGACGCUGAUACCAAGGAAGGUACCAAGGAAGGAGGUUCUGAACCAGAUCCUGAUACCAAGGGAGAGAAACCUCCUAGUAUGGAUGAAACAGCUGUUGAAAAUGGCUCCACACAUGAUAAUAAAAGUGAAGGUGAAUCAGCCAAAAGUGCUCCUAACAGCCCCUUUGCAAGUAGUGCUAUUGGAAGUCCCAAGGAGUCUAUGGAUUCCAAUUUUGGAAAGGCUGCUGGUUUUGAUGCUUCACCCCGUGAUAAGGACGCUCAUAGUGAUCACGGAGGUGUGGGGUCGGUGUUUUCUGGUGACAAGAGCUAUGACGAACCUGCUUGGGGAAGGUUUGAUACGAAUGAUGAUGUUGACUCUGUUUGGGGCUUUAAUGCAGGAGGUUCCACUAAGACCGACAAUGAUCUAAACCGGGACAGCUACUUUUUCGAUUCUGGGGAGUUGGGUUUAAACCCUAUCAGAACAGAUCCAUUCCCGGCUAAGAGAAGUACAUUUGCUUUUGAUGAGUCCGUUCCUAGCACCCCGCUCUUCAACUCAGGCAAUUCACCACAUAACUUCAGAGAGGGGUCGGAACCAAGUUUCGACAGCUUCUUGAGGUUUGAUUCUUUCGGUAUGCACGACAGUGGCAUUUUUCCUCCACAGGACAACACAUUUUCACGAUUCGACUCGAUGCGCAGCAGUAGAGACUUUGACCAGGGUCAUGGAUUCUCCUCGUUUGGUCCACCCGACACACCUCACAGCAGUAGAGACUUCAAUCGGGGCCAUGGACCCUCAUCAUUGUCAAGAUUCGAUUCGAUGCGCAGCAGCAAGGACUUUGAUCAAGGAUUCCCUUCAUUGGCACGAUUCGACUCAAUGCGCAGUAGCAAAGACUUCGAUCAGGGACAUGGAUUCCCAUCAUUCGAUGAUGCAGCAGAUCCUUUCGGAGCAACGGGGCCAUUUAGGGCGUCCCUGGAUAAUCAAACUCCGAAGAGAGGAUCGGAUAAUUGGAGCGCGUUUUAGCCAGGUUUGCAUUGCUCAUUUUACAUAUGAUAUAUCUUUUGUUCUAAAGCUUCUAGAACGGUUUAAGCUGGGAUGAUAUUAUUUGAGAUGUAGGUUUGUCCUCAGUGUGCCAUCUUUGCCUCAGGUUGAUAUGCUUGUGAUGUAUUUUUUUUUCUUUUCACCUUGUGUAUUCAAUUUUUUAUAUAAAUUUUAAAUUCAUUUGUAUGUUUUUUUUUUCCUUUUUGGGUUAAAAAAAAUCCUUUACAGCUUAUUGGCGUGAGAAUUUGAUUAUUUGCUGUUGAGAAUUAUGAUGAUCCCACCGAGCCUUGAGGUUUGAUUUGCUUCCA